AUGGCAGGCCAGGAAAAUGGACAUGUAUCGGAGCCGGUGGUUAAGCAGGAGACACAGACAGUUCCUCGAUUUUCAACACGCAGAAAAAGUCCUAUCAGGUGGACAUUAGGACUGGUCGUUCGGUUAUGCAUCUGGUAUACCUUGCUCACACCAUUUUUGCGGUGUCCUUCACGCCUAUCUGAUCUGACAGACUCGUCGCCGCGUGUCUGCAAGCCCUAUCUGAUCGCUCGGUCGCACAUGGAACCAUAUGUCACGCCGUACUACGACACCUAUGCGGCGCCCUAUGUUGACCAGGCCCGCCCAUACGUCGAAGUGUUCAUCCAGCAGGUCUACACACCUGCGUCCAACGUCGCUAAGUCCGGCUAUGAGAAGUAUGGUGCCCCUGCCUGGCAGCAUGCUCAAGCAUAUGGUGCGGCGCAAUGGAAGGUCCAAGUGACGCCGCGCUUGGAAGCCGCCCAGGACAAGGCGCAUAAGCUGUAUCUGGCCGAAGUCGAUCCAUAUGUCCAGCAGGGUGUCGCAGUGGUGUCGCCGUAUUAUCAAAAGGCCAGCAACGCCGCAUUCACAGUUUACUGGGACCACCUGGUGCCCUUCUACACGCGUUCUCAGCCCUUUAUCGGCAAGACCUAUGCGACUGGUCAGGGUAUCUUGACCACACAAGUCAUGCCGGGGGCGCGCUACACUUGGUCCUCGGUGGUCUACUUCGCGAACAGCUCGCUAUGGCCGCACGUUACUGGUCUGUACUCCGAGCAGGUUGAGCCCCAGCUAGUAAAGAUUAGCCAGCGGCUGGCGAGUUACCGUGAGGGUAAGCGGCUCCGCGCGGUCAUUGAGGAUGUCGAUGGCUCUACUACUGAGCAACCUGUAUCUUCGACUGUCACCAGCUCUCAGCAGUCGCUUCGUCCUCCCACUAGCGUGGUCACCACUACUUCCACUAAGGGAACCCCAUCCGUGCAGCCUACUCUUUCUCCCGAGGAAAUUGCCAAGGAGGCUCGCAAGCGCAUCGACUCGGAUCUCGAGAGGUGGCAAGAGAAAUUUGCCGUUGCCGCUAACCGAGGGAUUGAGGACCUUGAGGGGCGAAUCGAGGAAAUCGUGACGGCUCUUAUCGCGAGCAGUGCGAGCGGCCAUGGUCAAAGCUUGUCCACAGCGCUCCAAGCGGUGGCAUCCGGCCAGGUCGCCUCCACCAAACAGCGCAUUAAUGAGCUUGUGGAGUCCUUGCCCGAGGAGGAUGCGCCGGAAGAAGAGCAAGCGGCCCGUGAAGAACUCGUCAGUGAGAUUCGGACUUCUGCCAUCUCAGUGAGGGAUCGUGCUCACGCUCUCCGGGAGUGGUCCUUGUCUUUCGAGGAUGAGCUCACACGCCGGGUUUUCGCUGCUAUUGACUCCACUUUGGAUGUUCUGGACAACAUCCGUGACCUCGGCCUGCAAGAAAUCGGCAUGCGGUGGGCGUGGAUGGACAAUGUUACCUAUAAAGACUGGGCAAGAUAUCAUGCUCUCAAGGCGCAGCUCGACGACUGGCGUAGCGAGAUACGGAAGGUGGGCAUGAACCACCAAUCGGUUGUCAACGCCAGGGCUGUGGCUUCCGAGAUCUUGGAUAGUGGCAUGGAUGUUGCUGAGAAAACCGCCACGGAACUGGUCCGACUCAAGGAUGUUGGUAAUUGGAAGAUUGCCGCUCGCGAGGUGGGCGACAAUUUCGAGACCCGAACUGAAGCUCCCCCGCCCCGCCCUAAGCCGCUGCAGGAAGAGGUCGAGGAGCCUGCUGAGACAUCUGAAGUUGACUAUGACGAGUCUUUGGAGGAUUCUUCGGAGCCAGAUGAGACUUCUCUGGGUCCUGAGGACACCACUUCGACAGCCAGUGAUCAAGAAAAUGAGACUCCCGAGCCAGAAAAUUAUUCACAGGAUGAGAAGAUGGACGCCGAUGAAGCUUUUGAAGGUCUGCAAGGAUCUGCCAAGCCUGCAUUUGGCGUUGCUGCCGCAAAUGCCAACUCCCGGCAGGAGCCCAUUACCGAUGAGGAGGAUCAGGACCUUUUGCAAAAUCUGGCGAACAAAGCUGGAAAUGCUUAUGACGAUGCGAGCUCGGCUUUGGCUGACUCGACUUCUCAGGCAAAGGUUCUCUACGACAUUGCCAAAUCCCAAGUGAUGGGACAGAUGUCCCAAUCCAGUGCCCCUGCCCACGCUCAAGUUUUGUCUUCUAUCGAGUCCGCUUACCUUGGAGCCGUGAAAUAUGCUACCAAGGAAUUUGAGGCGAAGCUCGGAAAUGUAAAGGCUACGCCUACUCCGUCAGGUCCUCUCGCCCACAUCUCUUCCGUUGCAUCCUCCAGACUAAGUGAAGGCCUUAGUCUCGCCUCCGUUCAGCUGGCCCAAGUCCGACAGACCGAAGCCUCUACAAGCUCCGCCGGUUUCCAGCCUUUUGUCUUGGAUGCGCAGCGCCGCUACUAUGAGGCUGUUGGCCUGGCUCAUGAUCACUACACUGCCUUUGUGUCCACAGCAUCCGAGGCAGUAUAUGGCAUUCCCACACCCACUCCGGCCCCUCUUGGCUUCCAAGAGCUCAUCGACGCGGCUGGAUCCCAGUACUCCCUGGCCUCUUCAUUGGCCUCCGCCAGCCUUGCCGCUGUGGUCGCCUCUGCAAGCUCCGUCGUUUCCUCGGCAGAUGAUGGCAAGGCGCAAGGCAUUAUUGACGACGCUUCUUCCCGCUACCAUGCAGCCCUUACCGCCGCCUCUGCCUCCCUAUCUCGGGCGUCUGUUUCGGCUAGCUCUGCCUUCUAUGGAACCACCCCGGGACCUCUAGAGUCUCUCUCCUGCCAGGCCUCGGAGCACUGGGAAGCUCUUGUUUCUAAGGCUAGCGAACAGAUCUAUGGCACCCCUGAGCCGUACCUUCAGCAGGUUGUCCAUGACCGCUUGCCUCAGUUCGAGGCUUUUCAGGACGUUGUUUCUGAACUCCUCGUCGGCAAGCAGCCUUCUUUCACUGAGAGUGUGCUGAGCAAGCUUCGUGUUGCAUAUGAAACCCCCUACCCGGCUGCCGCGGUGUCCUCUGCAUCAAGCUACGUGGGUGAGGUCUACGGGUCGGCCUCCUCGACCGCCCAGGCAUAUGCCACACAUGUGCCUAAUGUUGAAGAUGUCAUGGAGAACGCCAACCAGCAACUCAGCUCAGCCGUCGAGGCUGCAGCCGAUGCCUAUUCCACUGCCUCCGUCCACGUGAGUGAGGCUGUCUACGGAAAGGAGUCUGGCUACGUUGAUGUCGCCAAGGAUGCCAUCGAGGACAUCCAGUCGAAGGCCAGCGCCGCAAUUUACGGCGAGCCCGGAGCAGUGGAAAGCGCCACAAGCCACCUUGCCGCUGCCGUCGAGAGCGCCCAGUCCCAAAUAGCUGAUCUGGCAUCUAGCGCAAACAGCGCUGCAUCCGAAGCCGCCGAGACAGUUGCAUCUCACGUCGAGGAUACGACUAGCAGCAUUAAGGCUGCUGCUUCUUCCAAGGAUGAGCUGUAA